AUGCCAACGGCUGACAUGAACAAACGAAUGGCAGCGGUGCUUCAUACGCCUGGCAAUGAUGUUUGUGCCGACUGUCCCGAAAAGCGUCCUCUUUGGGUUUCCUUCCUGGUAUCUCCCGUGGAAGAAGAUCGACAUGUGAGCGUCUUGUGCUGUACCAAUUGUGCCCAGCAUCAUCAUUUUGAGCUUGGGGAAAAGAGGUGUCAUAUCAAAUAUCUCAAAAUGGCACAUGAAUGGGAACUGGAAGAUGUGGAAAUGUUGGAAGACAGUGGGAAUGGUUUCGUGAAUGCCUGCUUUGAAGCCAACUUGACCAAAGACAUCUUUGACAAGGAUAUCGUAAAGGACAACGCACAAGAGGAAGAAAAAAGAAGAUCCAAGUUUGUCAAACACAAAUACAAAAAACUCAAAUACUUUGACGAAGUCUUGUACCAUCAACAAGUCUUGAAGAUUUUGCAGAAGAAACACGAACAACGAAAAUCUCGACGGCGGAGUGGCAGCCACUAUCAUCAUUCUGCUGCAGAUCGUGACGAAGACUCCUCGUCCGAUGCGGAAAGCCAAGGAACACGACGGUCUGCCGGAGAUGUCAUGAAAGAGACCCGUGAAAAACGACGCAACAAUUCCAAUUCGGAUCUCAGUCUCAACAAAGAGGGGUCCAAUUCUGUGAAAAGCAUCAACUCUCAACAAAACGACAAUACUCGAACUUCCUCCUCCAACCACCACAACCACAACAACAACAAAUCAUCCAGACGGGACAGCAAUGGCAGUCUCGGCAGCAGUCAUCGCUCCGAUCGACGAAGUAGCCACGGGAGUCUCUGUGAUAACAACAAUAACAACAACAAUUCCUCAUCGUCACUGCGAAGUGGUCGAUCGGAAAAUAAUCAAUCCACGACGAAACGAGACAGCAGUAGUCAUCAUGGCAAGGAAUACAGGCCCAAUCCGUGGGCUACGGCGGCACACGACGAGGAAACUCCACCACUGAUGCAAGAAGAAGAAUCCAAGGAAAACAACAAAGAAGCAGGUGGUGCCAGUGGCGUCCAUAGGCAACACAAGCCCAAUCCUUGGCUGACAAAGGAAUAA